AGGAAAAGACAAAAUUCCUUAACCGCGCUCUUUACUGUUUUAAGCACUCUCUCGCUCUCUCGCUCUUUUCCAAUUUUCGAUCUGCGUAAUCUUCUCACUCUUUUCCCGUACCUGCGUACCACAUAAUGGUAUCUCAUUCUUCUUUCCACCGGCAUCAGUUUCCGGCUGGAAUUGAGUUGAAUUGCGCCAAACCGUCGAGUUCGGAACGGUCCACAGACGAGUACCAGUUGCAUCGUCGGCGAGUGCGCAGGUGAAAAUACGUCAAGUGAUCCUAGCGGAGCACCUUUCGAAGUUCCUUCAUUCGAUCGCGAUCGUUUGUUUGUGCCGGUGUCGGCAUUUGUGGUGCAGCUUCAGGCAGAAAGUUAUCCUAAACCAGCCUCUUUUGAGAUACCUACAAAAGAAGUGACGAAAAUCCGGGUAUAGGCAACUGUCCGCAAGGCGGAAUCGUUUAACCGGAACACACAUCUUCAUCUGCGCGAUCAUUGCACUUGCUGCUCGUGUGGCAUUUAUGUUUUACAGUGUGCGUGUCAAAGUGCGUGCCAUCUAUCGCGAUAGCGGCACUGGUUAAGUGCGUACAGUGCUUUGAGGUCAGUUUUCGGCUGCUCAACACUUCGAUCCGUUGAGCUGAACGUUAGCGAGCACCUCCGAAAAAGGUCCAUCAUAUUGACGUCACAAAACGUUGCAGCCGCAAAGUUUCGUAGCAAAACAGGCCAAAUUCACCGGUGAAAACAAAAGCAAAGCUGUUUAGUAACUGUGGUGUGACUGGUUUUGUUCACGAAGUGUUUUUGAAUCAUCGCGUAAAAGAGGGACCGACGGUCUCAAAAUACGAACCACCCUCCGGUAACGUUUGUACAGGUGCAUUGCAUCACACCGCGAAGGUGUUUCCAACGGGCGAGAUAUAGUAGAUUAAAGGGGCGAGCAAGAUAUAGCAGAUUAAAUCAAUACCCCUGGUAUCACUAUCUGUGCCUUCUCAAGUGGAGGAAUUAUCGAUUGAUAACGCAUAAACCCGACAGCUAGUCGAAUCAUCAUGAGACAGAUCGGAAUGGAGAUCGAAGACCCACUGAAGCGGAUACAGGAGGAGAUCAAUGAGGUGACGCGCCGUGAGCAGGAACUGCGCGAAGGCCACCGAACGGGUUCGGAGGAACGAAACGGGCUGGACCUGAACGAUGACAAUCUUUCAACGGGCAACUCGGACGAUUCGGGACUCUCGCUGUCGCCUACGCCAGUGCAUUCGCCCUCAGUGUCUAACCUGAAGGACAAACUCGAGCAGAACGGCAAGGAGUCGCACCAACGGCGCGAAGAGGAGCAACAGCGCCGGGCAUUCAUUUUACCGAGCCCAAAAACGCUAACAAGGGCACGUUCCACGCCGCAGCUUUUCCACACGUCAACGCCACCGAGACGGUUCAAUCCGAACCCGAACCAGCGCGGCAUUAUGCAGAAGUUCAUCGCUUCACGCGGACGGCUCAGUAAGCUGGCGGCAAACGGAGCUCAAUCCGGACCGGUUGCGAACGUGCCGCAGAUGAUGACUACCGUAGCCAGCACGAAAGCAGAUCCAAUCGUGCCUUCGGUCGAUCUGAACCGUUCACAUCUGAUGAUUUUGCCGACGGCCAUCUCCACACCGCCUGCAAUUGAGCGCGACUCCAAUGGUAAACCGAUACGCCGUGGUUACGUCCCGGUCGAGGAGAAGAUCCAACGCGAGCUGCGUGAUCUUAAGUCACGCGAAUGUGAACUAAAACGGAUCCGUAAGAUAAAUCGGAACGCAUCGCAGUCUGAUCUGCUGGACAUGAACUAUGAUGGCUUCGAAUCGAGCGAGGAACUGUCGGAUGAAGAUAAUACGGACGAACCGAUCUAUCCGCUGGCGAGAAAGCUUCGGUCGACUAAAUCGAUUAGUGAACUGUGUGAUGCCCUAACCAACUCUAGUCUUUCGCCGAGGGAAACUCCUUCGCCAUUGUUCGAAAGCCGCUCGCGAAUGGGCAACGGAUGCGGUGGCGGUAUGCGGCCAGCAAUGUCAUUGGCCCAGCUCUGCGAUCUUGACCCGCAGGAGGCACCUUCGUCGCACAAAUUGAUCGCCCAAUGGGAAAGUUUGAUUCAACAGAAACAACAACGAUAGAGCGAUGUGUGUUGAGUGUUGGGAAAUAUCCCGAAAAUAGGAAAUCGCACAAAAACACUAACGGGUGGACGGAAGGAAAGGUUGCCAGCCCGGAAUGAAAAGUUAACUAAUUUAAUGUGAUUUUUGUUUUUGUUUGGUUGCUUAUUGACUGUUACACGAAUACAACCAAUCGCAAAGAUAUAGUGGGACAGGAUCUUACGCUUUCUUUCUCUUUUACUGUAUUCCAUUUUCUUUGUUUACUGUCGCUUCGUUCUAUUAUGGUUUAAAAUUGCAAAUCUUACAACAGCUUUUUAAAACGUUCAUUUAGUUUUUUUUCAUUUGGUUUUGUUUUACACUGAAUAACCUUCUAUUUUUUGGUUUAAUUUAUUUGUUACUUCUCAGAAAUUGCAUUACCCAAUAUAAGAGAGUGGUUGUAGAAUCGCAAGUUCUUAUAGGGAAGGUUUUUUUUACAGAUUUGGUUUACUUUUGAAGAAUACAGAGUAAAGUUAACCAAAAACUAACUAAAAAUGCUGCUUUCUAACAAAUAUAGGAGCAAAUCGUUUAAUAUGUCAUUGGGCAGGUAAGCAUAUGAGCAUUACUGUUCCCUACAAAACAUAAACUACGAUGAUUGUUGAGGUUUUAUAUAUUUUGCUUAAACGCUUACAAGAACAUUCUUCCAAUCGGACUCAUGCUAGAACGCAUCAACAUAGGCUCAAAACAUAUCAUAAGACAGUAGUCGCUAGGGGCUUGUAUUAUAUACUUAUCGUCAUAUAAGCAUUAUGCACAAGGUAUACAUAAAUUAAGGUUCGUUUAGGAGCAGAAUAUACGGUACGGUUUGUUAGCAGUAUGCCAAACAUUAACAAACUUUAGGCAUUUUUUAUUGUUCCGCGAGAUUACUUAACGUCCGUGUCCGUCGGGAAUGUAUCCUAACGUUAUAUGCAUAAUGUGUUUAUAUUUAUGUGUUUUUUCCAUCUAUUACUGAAUGGUCGGUUUGUUACAAAUCGGCACAUUCAUGUAAGGAGUAUAAAAUAAAUGUAUUGAACAUAAAA